AGCCCCGCCCAUUUUCUUCUCCGCUGCGCUUGUGCCGAGCCAGGGAUCAUCAUGGUAAAGGCAACCUUCAGUCUACUUUACUAAGAGGCAGGACAGGCUGAUUUUCCAUCCACGGUUUUUGCUUUCUUCCCCUUGCUUCUUCCCCUUGCUAUCUAGAGGUUUCGUUUCUGUGGGGACCUGGACUGUCCCGACUGGCUCCUGGCAGAGAUCAGCAUUCUCUCCAAGUUGACCUCAGUGAAGAUGAAGCUGCUGUGUGCACAAGUGAUCAAGGACAUUCUGGGAGACUCUAUUGACUAUGGCAAGGUGGGUAAACUGACGGCAGAUGCCAAGUAUGAGGACUCUGACAUCAAGGCAGCCAUUGCAGCUCUCUCCUUCAUCUUCACCAGUGCUGCCAAACACAGCGUCGCUGGAGAUACUCUGGAUAAUGAACUGCAGCAACUCGGACUGCCUAAAGAGAAUGCGGGGUCUGUGUGUAAAGUGUAUGGUGACAAUAUCCAGAAACUGACAGCAGCUCUCAACGACAGGAGCCUCAGAGUGUCAACCCUGGACAGUGUUCAGUGGAGGGUAGACUACGUUCUCAGUUCCAGCGCCGUCAAGGAUAUUGGAGAGCCAAGUGUGGCACUCCAGCUCCUGAGAAAGAAUCCAGUCACCAAGGAAACGACCCCUGUGACCUUUACACUCUCCCAGGAGAAAUUCAGACUCCUCCUCAGAGAUCUAAAGCAGGCUCACUCCACAAUGCAAUCACUUGCAAACUAGAGACAUAGUUUUAGUAUGUAUAUAAGUGUAUAUUUGAUAAAUCGCAUUGUGUGCUAUUAUACUUUUCGUGUGUUUAAAAUUUGGUUUGAAAAAUAGCUGAUUUUUUAGUGACUAGUCUUUACAAGUUGAGUAGGGAUCUAGAGCGACAGUGGCAUGUGGUGAUGGGAUGGCACAUCUGGUGUAUACUCUAUUCUCGAUGGAGUAGCACAAACACUGCCAGACCUCCCAGCAGUACAUACUGUGGAUAAUGCAUACAGCAGGUUAAUACAAACUAGACUAGUAAUCGUUUGGCAUGGGCAGAAAGGGGGUUAACUCUUGACAUGUGCAUGUGUAGUGGUGCAGUUACGUAAUAUACCCAUAUAUAGUCAAAGUAACGCUGACCUUGAGCAUGGGAUAGUCAUUCA